AUGGCUGACGCAGCACCCCGCCGAGGCGGUUUUGGCGACCGUGGCCGCGGCGACCGAGGCCGGGGCGAUCGUAGAGGACGCGGACGCGGACGUCGCGGUCCCAAGAACGAGGAGAAGGAAUGGCAGCCCGUGACCAAGCUGGGACGUCUCGUCAAGGCCGGCAAGAUCCAAUCCAUGGAGCAGAUCUACCUACACUCGCUCCCCAUCAAGGAGUACCAGAUCGUUGACUUCUUCCUGCCCAAGCUGAAGGAUGAAGUGAUGAAGAUCAAGCCAGUGCAGAAGCAGACCCGCGCCGGUCAGCGCACGCGCUUCAAGGCCAUCGUCGUCAUCGGCGACUCCGAGGGCCACGUCGGUCUGGGCAUCAAGACCUCAAAAGAAGUCGCGACCGCCAUCCGCGCCGCCAUCAUCAUCGCUAAGCUCUCCGUCCUGCCCAUCCGCCGCGGCUACUGGGGUACCAACCUGGGUGAGCCUCACUCCCUGCCCACCAAGGAGUCCGGCAAGUGCGGUUCCGUCACCGUGCGCCUGAUCCCUGCUCCUCGCGGUACCGGCAUCGUCGCCUCCCCCGCUGUCAAGCGUCUGUUGCAGCUGGCCGGUGUCCAAGACGCCUACUCCUCGUCCGCCGGCUCGACCAAGACCCUUGAGAACACCCUCAAGGCCACCUUCGUUGCCGUCGGCAACUCAUACGGCUUCCUGACCCCCAAUCUGUGGAAGGACAACAAGCUGAUCCGCAGCCCUCUGGAAGAGUACGGUGAUGUGUUGCGGGAAGGCAAGCGUUACUAG